AUGACAUCGACACCAACUUCACCAAUUGCAGCUCAAUCGCCAUUUAAUCCAUCCAUCAGUCAUCCAUCUCAAAUCGUUAUUAGCGAAAAUCUUAAACCGGCUAUUCUCGACCAUUUGGCUUAUCUAAAAGAAUUCUAUGAUCAUCCAGAAUUCCUUCAAAAACAAUCACGCGAGUAUGCGAUCUAUCGCUAUGAAACAUUCUGGUUGCCAUUUUUAGCUGAACAUGGUGAAUUGGAUAUUAUUCCACCACUCGAUAUACUCUUUGUAUGGCAUUCACAUAUGCUUGCACCAACAGCGUAUGCCAGUGAUUGCGAACGUUUGUUCGAACGAGUUUUACCGAAUCGCGUCCGACCACGUACCGAACAAUUGCUGAAAUUCAGUGAACAGUUAUGGACAAAGAAGUUCAAUCGUACCAUGCCGUUUGAACUUGAUUAUUCAACGAAUAUUCAAGUUAUUCCACCUUAUACAAGUAAAAUCAAAUAUGCUUUAAGUCAAGCAAUGGAGAGACAAGCAGAUUUCUAUUAUGCAGUAGCCCUCGGUCACUAUAAGGAUUCUGAUUUUCUCGAAGAAGCAAUCAAACGCUACAAAAAAUUCAUUUAUCUCAAACGUCUGAAUCCUCAAUUGUAUGUUGUGCCCAUGUAUGAUAUCGAUAUCGUUUGGCACACGCAUCAAUUAUUUCCUGAAGUUUAUCGUCGCGAUAUGAUUACUAAUCUUCAACAUGUUCUUCAUCAUGAUGAUACAACACAAGAUCGCUCAGCCAAUUCGAAAUUAUCAACAUCAGAUCACGAAACUCGACAUAAAUGGUUCGAACUAUAUGGUGAUCGCUUACCGAAAAAUGGUUCUAUGUAUCGAGGGAAAACAUCGAAGGAUUUUUAUCAAUAUGUGGCGGAUUUUACUUUUCUACUUGAAUGUCAACGUUACGCUAUUUUUGUUCAAUUUCUCGAUCAGAACUCGACGGCCAUCGGUGCAACAGGAAAAACUACAGAUAAUAGGGCAACGACAGUUCUUUCGUUGGAUGAUCAUCUGCCAGGCGCUGAACCACUACCGGAACAAUUGUUUGCUCAAAUUAAUUCAUCAGAUCAAGAACUUUUUGCGCGAGGUUCAUCAGGGUAUAUUGAAGCUCACUUUGAGGCUGAUUUUAAUGAUUUAACAGCGCAACUGGUGCUUAAGCUUCAACAAAAGGCUGGCUAUUGGCCAAUGAACUAUUUCAGUUCAUUGGAAGAACAUGAAAUCUCCGCUGAAAAACUUCAUCCAAUUACUCAUUUUACUCAACCCGUUAAAUCUGGCUUAGCUGCAGAUGGAAAUGAUGAAGCAGGUGCACUGUAUUAUUUACUCAACAAGCCGAUCGAUCAUAGUUCUCCUAUAUCAAGAAUAGUACCCAAAGCACGGCGACUUGCUGUUGGUAUUCCAGCUAUCGAUAUCAAUACUGUUAUCGUUCGAUAUGAAGCAGUCGAUUAUGAAGAUGUAACACUUGGACAAAAUUAUUUGACCCAAUUGGGCACAUCAUUCUUAUUUAAUUUGGAAAAUGUGAAAGUUCGACAGGCACUGCACAGUAUUCUUCCUGUUCAUCAAGAACAGCCAACUUUACUCAAUAUCCGUCAUACAAUCAUCAAUGACAUCGACAUAUUUACAGCAACAUUUAACAGUGCUAUAUUCGCAUCGUGUCAUACGUUGAAUUGGUCGCAACUCCCAUUACCAAAUCAAGUUUCGAGUAAUCCGGAUAAAUCGGUUGUAACACUGGAUCCUGAUCUAGAAGAAGCAUUGAUUGUGAAAGAUCAUACUGGUGAUUGGGGAAUUGUCAAGUUUACUAAAGAUCUUUUCACGGCGUCAUUGGAAGAGUCAGCAUCCGAUCAACAUUAUCAGUUUAGUUUAUACCGUUUUCAACCGAAUGGUCAAGUUCAAGAAGAAAUCGUCUAUAUCGAUUGGGAAGAUGAUAAGUGGCUGAUCGGUUCGGAAAAUUUCGGCAUCGAAAUGAACACGUGGUCGAUAUCUGUUAAACGUGUGGCACUGGCAAAUUCCAUGCAGUACAUAUGCUUAGGUGCAGCGUUGAUUUCGCGUUUUGAUGCAUUAUUUACGCAGAUAUUUGGCAAACAAGAAGAAACAGACUUACUUGCAAGUGAUGAAACUUAUAAUGACAAUGAUUUACUAGCGAAUGAUAUUGGAAAGAUAAGUUUGAAUGGUACAAAUGGUGUAAACGGCUUGAAAAAUACCGUCUCAAAAAAGAAGCCACAAAUGGCGAUGAACAAUGUUUAA